CAGUGCUAGAUUCAAACAGCAGAGCGAGAAGGUAGCUGAACCAAGAAAAGCAAAAGUAGAGGAGAAACGCAACUGAGCAAAAGAAGAAAAAGAAGUAGAAGUAGAAGAAAAAAACCUUCUUUAUUUUUACACAGUGCUUCAGGCUUCAUCAGACAGCUUUUUGAAGGACCUUCUUAUCCUUUAGUGUUAAUUGUUGCAGAAUUUGUAAAAGGCAAAAUGAAGAGCAGCAGAGUUAUCAUCACCUCUAUUGUGGUGCUCCUGGCCUUCCUGGCCAUCAGUGAAGGGAUGAGCCUGAGAAGCCUGGGAGUGGAGAUGCACUGCCGCUGCAUCCAGACAGAGAGCAAACCCAUAGGCCGCCACAUUGGGAAGGUGGAGCUGAUUCCUGCCAACUCCCACUGCGAGGAGACUGAGAUCAUUGCCACCCUUAAAAAGACAGGCCAAGAGGUUUGCCUGGACCCAGAGGCUCCCUGGGUGAAGAGAGUGAUUCAGAAGAUCAUGUCCAACAAAAGACGCUGAAUAGACCGGGAGAGAUGUGUUUCAUGAGUCUGAGCUGUUUACUGCAAAGCCAAUGAAAAGUACCAACAAGUAUUUGUUUGAUAAGAUGAUGAAGCCAUCACACUCAUCCCAUUUUAAUACCAGAGGACCACUUAAUGCCCUGAUCAACUGUUGAAAAUGACAACUGAACUUGAGGUUAUGUUUGUAUCAAACAUGUUAACAUUAUUAACAAGUCUAUGCUUGUUUGUAUGUCACUUGUGUUUGUUGCAGCCAAUAGUGUGGCUGCUCCUGUAGUUUGUAAAACUGCAUCACUGUUGCCUUGUCUAUAACUUAUGUGUUAUUUCAUAUUUAUUGAUGUAUUUAUAAAAUGUAAGUGUAUCUGGAUUCAACUGAAUAAAAACCUGUUGAUUAAUUAAAUUUUUUUAUACAUGAAAAUGAAAA